AUGCCUACCGGGCAGGUUCUACUGUACUCUGGCUUGCGAAGCGAAAACGCUCAACGUGCCAACCGGUGGAAGCCAAUAAACGAGCGGAUAAUCGUGGCUAGAUUCAGGACGCGGGUCAGAAACCUGAACUUCGUUCAAGUUUACGCGCCGACGGAUGCUGCCGACUUGCAGGAAAAGGAGGAGUUUUACAGUCAACUGAGAGGAGUUGUCAACGAGAUCCCGAAGGGUGACAUCCGAAUCUACGCAGGCGACUUCAACGCGAAGUUAGGCUCUGACAACACAGACCUGGAGCGCAUCAUGGGGCCCCAUGGUCUUGGAGAAAUGAGCGAGAACGGUGAGCUGUUUACAGAGUUCUGUGGUAACCAAGACAUGGUGAUUGGGGGAUCGCUCUUUCCCCAUCGCUCAGUGCACAAAGUCACGUGGGUUUCACGUGAUGGAAGAACGGAGAAUCAGAUAGACCACAUCUGCAUCAGCCGCAAGUGGAGAAGAAGCCUGCUUGAUGUGCGGAAUAUGCGCAGUGCCAACAUUGCAUCCGACCACCACCUCGUUGUCGGCGAAAUACGACUACGGGUAGCGCGUGUCGUACGGCAAGAGGAGAAAGUCGGUUGUAGGUUCAACGUGCAACGUCUGUCGAAUCCCGAAGUACGCAGGGCUUUUGUCGGCGAGCUCCAAACCCGAGCCUUGGAGAUUCCGGACAGCACUGUUGAAGAGGAGUGGCAGUUCAUCAAUGACGCCUUCGCUGUUAUCGGCGAGAAUACUCUGGGAAUGCUGCGAACUCAGAGGAAGGAGUGGAUUUCGGAUGCCACCUGGGAUAAGAUAGAGGAGAGGAAGCAGGCUAAGGCUGCCAUUGUUAGCGCAAGGACGAGAGCGACGAAGGCACGUACCCGCCAAACGUACGCCGAACUGGAAAAGGCUGUUAAGCGCUCUUGCAGGCGGGACAAGAGAGCCUGGACGGAUUCCCUUGCCGACGAGGAAAAGAAUGCUGCUAACAAUGGCGACAUGUGCCUCCUCUACGACAUUACACGAAGUUUGUGUGGUGCCAGGACGAAUACGCGCAUUCCGGUGAAAGAUACGAGCGGUCAGCUGAUUACCGAUCCAGCUGAUCAGCUUAAACGAUGGUUCGAGCAUUUUGAGCAGCUGCUACAAAUCUCGCAUCCACGUCCAAGCCCUCAGUACCAUCCGCAAAAUGUCAGGCGGAUCAACCGGGUGAACUCAAGUCCACCUACGCUGAGGGAUAAAGAGGAAGCCGUGAAAUGUAUGAACUCGGAUGCUGCAUCGGCUUUCAGCAAAAUCUGGGACACCGCGACUUUUCCGGUCGACUGGAUGCAGGGCAUUUUGGUGAAGGUUCCCAAAAAGGGUGACCUCACCAACUGCGACAACUGGCGUGACAUUACGCUGCUGUGCAUAGCUCUGAAAGUCCUAUGUAGAGUGAUCUUGUGCAGGAUCAAAUCGAAGAUCGACGAGUCUCUUCGACGGCAGCAAGCAGGGAUUCUCUCCAUCUGGUCUUCGUUUAUUAUGAAAAAGCGUUUGACCGUCCCAGAGUGCCGUGUUGUGCAUAACGGAGUCUUGUCGUGUAGCAGUACCAUCAGUACAACCCUCUGCCGCAAGAACGGCAGACAGAAAAGAUGA